GUCGCCUCGACAACGUAAACAUUUUUUUUAUUACUCUUGAGCAUAAACGCGGAUUAUCAAUAGCAACGGAUAAACGGCAAAAUAAUAUUUUAUCUCUCACAAAACGCAAAUCGAUUCCAAACAAUGAGUAACAUAUUGAACAUCAGAGACAUUAUAUCGAGAUUGUUGGAAAGUAAGCUAACUGAGUCAAGCCAUUCGUCACUUUCCGGGGUUUUUCCUUAAUCGGCGCUUUUUCGUCCUAGUCGAAACACCAUCUCAGUGUACGAAGGCGGUUGAUUUUCUAUGUUAUUUUCAACAGUGCGUGGUGCUAAAUCCAUAAGGAAUGUGCAGCUUUCCGAAAAUGAAAUUCGAGGUCUGUGCCUGAAAUCUAGAGAAAUAUUUUUAUCACAGCCAAUGCUUUUGGAACUCAGAGCGCCGUUGAAAAUAUGUGGUGAUAUCCAUGGUCAAUAUUCUGAUUUACUACGAUUAUUCGAGUAUGGAAGUUUUCCACCUGAAUCGAAUUACUUAUUUUUGGGUGAUUAUGUGGACCGUGGCAAACAGUCUCUGGAAACGAUUUGUUUGUUGUUAGCAUACAAAAUUAAAUAUCCUCACAAUAUCUUCCUCCUGCGUGGAAAUCAUGAAUGUGCUAGAAUAAACAGGAUAUAUGGAUUUUAUGAUGAAUGCAAGCGUCGAUAUAAUACUAAACUAUGGAGAAUAUUUACGGAUUGUUUUAACUGUUUACCUGUGGCAGCAAUAAUAGAAGAAAAUAUUUUCUGUUGUCACGGUGGUUUAAGUCCCGAUUUGGAAUCAAUGGAACAAAUUAGGCGGAUUCCGAGGCCUACAGAUGUAUCUGACCAAGGUCUAUUAUGUGAUUUACUCUGGUCUGAUCCUGAUAAAGGUAUAAUGGGCUGGGGCAAAAAUGAAGACAGAGGUGUAUCAUUUAAAUUUGGUGCUGAGGUUGUGACUAAAUUCUUGAUUAAACAUGACUUUGACCUUAUAUGCAGAGCUCAUCAGGUUGUUGAGGAUGGUUACGAGUUCUUUGCCAAGAGGCAGCUAGUCACAAUAUUUUCAGCUCCAAAUUACUGUGGGGUAUUUGACAAUGCUGCAGCAAUGAUAUCUGUUGAUGAAACAUUGAUGUGCUCAUUCGAGAUCUUAAAACCAGCCAACAAACGAAAGUACACGUAUAGAGGUUUAUCAUCUUACAAACCAGUUUUACCACCCAGAGACUGACAAAAAAAAAAAAAUUCAUCUUGAUGCAAUGUAAAUGAUCAUGUCUUGAUAUGCAAAA